AUGCUAGCCGUUGCUGGACUCCGUAAUUACUCCGUCCUGGGCGCAUCCGUUCCUGGCGCUGGAAUUCUGCUCAGGGCCCCGUCCGGAUUGCAGCGGCGAGCGGGUACGUUCUGGUGGCGAGUCAGGCGUCUGUUGGUGGCCGUGGUGCUGACGCCUGUCUAUAAGCCGUUGUCGUCCGCUUUGUUGGUCCAUGUCUGGUCUGCAAGGCAGAGUCUUGUCAUGACGUCCCAAAAGGAACAUGGGACAUAUCUGGGAUUGAACGGCGUCCCAUUCGCCGGCUCCUUUCAUGGCAUUCAAUGGGUAUCAGAACGCUUGGCUCAUCAAAGGUGA